AUGGAACCAUUAAAUCCUGAACAUCAAACACAAUCUGUUUUAAAACAAAUAACAACAGGAAUAAUGACAGGAAUAGCAAAUCAAAAAAUAAAAGGUUUAUCUUCACUCUUACAAAUUACUGAUGCAAUGAAAGCUUUAGAUGAAUUAACAAAAUUUGUACCAGAAUUUAUUGAAAAUUUCAAUAAACAACAACAACAAGUAAAUACAGAAACAAAAAACGUUGUUACUGACACUACCACACAAAUAAAAACAAAAGAAGAAAAAGAAACUAAUAAUGAUUAUACAUUAAGUUUUGAUGCAGAAAAAUCAGAAAUGGAUAUUGACAUAAAUAUUAAUCAAAAUAAUGAAGAAAAAGUAAAAUUAGAUAAAGAAAAAAAAACAUCAGAAGGAUUACGUAAAAUUUUAGCAACAAGUGUAUCAAUAAAUAUGUGCAAUAUAAUAAAAAAUAAAUUAAUUACACCAGUUACACAUACUGGUAUUGAUUAUGGAAUGAGAAAAGUAACAGCUGGAAUCGAUAAAACAUUUAAAGAUAAAGAAGCUUUAGCUAAAGCUCAUGGUAUGAUUGACGAUUUGAAACAUGGUGGAGAAGCUGGAUUACCUCAUUUAGGUGCACUAAGUGAUGCAGCGGGAAAACCGAUAAAAGUUUUAGAUGAAAACGGAAAUGUUAUACGUAUUGUUGGUGAAGAUAAAGGUGGUGAACCUGUAGAAGUACAAUAUUUUAAACCAAAUGAAAAUAAUUUAUCAGGUCAUUGGACAUUACCGGGUGGAAAAGAACCGGAAGGAAAUUAUACUGGACAAAAUAAUUGUUUAUUUGAUGUUGUUGGAUCACAAAUAGGAAUUGAUUCAAAUGUAUUAAGAGAAAAUACAAAUAUUGAACGAUUAGAAUAUUAUAAAAAAGAUGCAUUAACUAUGGGUGGAGCAAAAUUAUAUAAUGGUGUUGUAACAAUUGAUGAAGCCGAAUUAGAUACUAUAAUUGAAUUGGUAAACGCUGAUGGAUAUGAUACAAAAAGAAAAAAAGAAACACCACAAGAUUAUAAUUUAAUUAACGCAAAAGAUGAUGAUGGAAAUGAUGUUCAACUUGCUAAACAUCAUAUAAUACCAGAAUCACAAAUAAAAAAAGAUCUUAAAAAAUUUGUUAAUGCUAAUAAAGGUGAUAAAAAAAAACUUUUAAGAGAAUUUAAUGACUAUUUAAAUCAUCCACAUAAUUCACUUGGAAAAUCAGUAUUUAUUAAACAUGUUGGAUUAGAUAAAACCGAUGAAGUACUUGGAAGUGAACACUUAGUUGCUGGAGGUGUUUUAGUUGCAGCAUCAUGGCAUCCAAAUAAUUUAAGAGUUGGACCAGAGGGAGCUUUGAGAUCGGAUGAACCAACAGUAAUAAAAACUGAAUAUGAAAUUGAUAGAGCAGUAGCAGGUAAAGAUACAAGAAUAGAAAAAAUAUUAGACAAUUAUGUGAAACAAAAAGAUAAUAAUAAUGUAAUUAAUAUUUUACGUACACAAAAUCAACUUACAAAUAAAGUUGAUCAAUAUGGUUGGUCAAAAAUACAAAACACAAAGUCAUCAAAACCAUCUUAUCGUGUUAAUGAUAAACAAAAUAUUGGAAAAAUUACAAAGCUUUUUACCAGAAAUCGAGAUGAUAGACGGAAAUUUAAUAUUCAAACUGGUACAUUUCUUUAA